GGGCUCAGUCCAGUUCGAAUCACUGUCUCUUUCCCUCUCUCUCUCUCUCUCUCACACAUUGCACAGAGACUCUCUCUCUCUCUCUCUGAGCGACCAUGCUUUCUGGGGACAUACCUCCUAGUCAGACUAUAUACAUUAAGAAUCUGAACGAAAAGGUCAAGAAAGAAGAAUUGAAGAGAUCCCUUUAUGCCUUAUUCUCACAAUAUGGAAGGAUUUUGGAUGUUGUUGCCUUGAAGACACCCAAGCUUCGAGGCCAAGCAUGGGUUGUGUUUACCGAAAUAACAGCUGCCAGUAAUGCAGUGCGGCAAAUGCAGAACUUUCCAUUUUAUGAUAAGCCUAUGCGAAUUCAAUACGCAAAAACGAAGUCAGAUUGUAUUGCUAAAGAAGAUGGAAGCUAUGACAAGAAAAAGAAGCAAGAAGAAAAAGCUGAAAGAAAGCGGCGUGCUGAAGAAGCGCAGCAAUCUACCAUGCCCAAUGGUGCAAGUGCUCAAAAUGGGGGCUCAACGGCCUCAUUCCGCCACGGGAACUCAAGUGCACAAGAAGCAGUUGCUCCAAACAAUAUACUCUUCAUAGAGAAUUUGCCCCAUGAAGCCACUAGCAUGAUGUUGGAGAUGCUUUUCCAACAGUAUCCAGGAUUUAGGGAAGUCCGAAUGAUUGAAGCGAAGCCAGGUAUUGCCUUUGUAGAAUUUGAAGACGACCAGCAGUCCUCCAUGGCAAUGCAGACCCUUCAGGGGUUCAAAAUCACUCCUCAGAACCCCAUGACCAUCACUUUUGCCAAGAAGUAAAGCAAUAUUUCUCUCACAGCAAGUGUUGUUUAUUAAUAUUGCCUACGUAUUGUGGGGGAUAUGUAGUUGUUGAAGAGUCUUAUGCAUACUUCAGUCAUGUCAGGUCUUCAAGAAACCAAGUGCGGAUACUGAAUUUUGUUAGUUCUGAUUUAGAUGAAAGUAAGAAAAUGUCAGAUGCAAUGAGAAAAUUAAACUACAAUGUAGAAUAUGUAUGAUACUGAUGCCGUGUUAUCUAUUUUUGCUUUGAUGAGCUUAA